UGAGAAAAACCCCAUUCAGGUUUUGAGAGUCGAAGAGAACGCAUCAGUUCAUCAUUGGGAAGAGAAACGUGUGGCUUUGCUUGGAAUUUACGAGCAUCACAUCCUUACAGUCGUUCAGGAAAAGCAUAUAAUACCGACCGGCUGGCUGUGGAAACAGCAGACGCACCGACACCCCCUCUCUCGGCUUCUUUCAGCAUCACCCCUGUCUGGAAAGUACAGAGGGCCAGGCACCAUGGAUGGAUUUUAUGAUCAGCAAGUCCCCUUCUUGGCCCCCCUCAAUCAGAAAUCCCAUGUGAUAGAGACCAGCAGACCAUUCAAUGACAGGAAAAGGAAGUUUGUGGACACUGAGCUUGCGCAUGACACAGAGGAACUCUUCCAGGACCUCAGUCAGUUGCAAGAGAUCUGGAUUGCAGAAGCCCAGGUACCUGAUGACGAACAGUUUGUCCCAGAUUUCCAGUCGGAUAACCUGAUGUUCCAUGGCCCCCCAUCUACCAAGAUUAAGCGAGAGCUGAACCCCUCUGAAGACCUGCCCCCCUGCGGCCAGGACCAAACCCUUAUGCCCUAUGGAGAGAAGUGCCUCUUCAGCUACAGUGCCUGUGACAGGAAGCCUGCCGUUGGGUUCAAGCCACUGACUCCUCCCUCUACACCUAUCUCACCGUGCAGCUCCACCCACACUACAGGCACACACCUGCUCUGUGACCAAGCCCCUCCCACAUGCCCAUCCCAGACAGCCACACCACACCCUCUCCAUGGACAGGCUGCAGUUCCUAGCUCCACAAAUAGACAGAGCACACCCUUUGUGGUGCCACACCCACCCCUCACUCACUCAGCAACUGCCUACAGCGUUGAACACAGGAUUCAUCGACAGCUUUCGGAGCCCUGCCUACCUUUUCCCCCCUCUGAGGCCCAGAGGCACACCCCCUUCCCACCUCAGGCACCCAGCACCGCAACCCAGGACAGGCGCCCACCCUACCACCGCCAACUGUCGGAGCCCCUCGUCCCUGCACCAUCACAGGGCUUCAAACAGGAGGCACUGAAUCCCCGCUGUGCCGCGCAGAGCACCCCCAUCAUGGGCCCCCCACAGCCUGCCCUGCACCCGCUGGCCAUCAAACAGGAGCCCCAGGACUUCUGCUUCGACUCAGAAGUGCCUAACUGUCAGCCCACGUUUAGGAGGGCCACCAGCAUCUAUCAGAGCGGCAAUGACAGCUUCGCCCUUGACAGAGAGUCACAGCUGUACUAUGACGAUGCCUGCGUGGUUCCUGAGAAACUGGAAGGAAAAGUGAAGCAGGAGCCCUGCGUGUACCGCGAAGGGACCCCCUUUCAGCGCCGUGGCUCCUUGCAGCUCUGGCAGUUCCUGGUCACUCUGUUGGAUGACCCGGCUAACGGUCACUUCAUUGCCUGGACCGGUCGUGGCAUGGAGUUCAAACUCAUCGAGCCUGAGGAGGUGGCCCGUCGCUGGGGUGUCCAGAAGAAUAGGCCAGCCAUGAACUAUGACAAGCUGAGCCGCUCCCUGCGCUACUACUAUGAGAAGGGCAUAAUGCAGAAGGUUGCUGGGGAGAGGUACGUCUAUAAGUUUGUCUGCGAUCCAGAGGCCCUGCUCUCCAUGGCCUUCUCUGACAGCCAGAGGCCCAGUGUGAAAGCUGACCCGGACGUGCUCGCCGGUUCUGAGGAAGACACCCUGCCCCUGUCCCACUAUGAUGAGAACACCCCCUACCUGCCAGAUGGGGGGGAGCAGGGCAUGACGGGACUCCCAUUCCUUGGUGGCUAUGUGUACUGACUCCCUCCUCAGCUCCACAUCCCUGUCCCUGAACUUACCCCAGAGUGCAAAAUGCUGGCUGGGACGCUGCCUAAUCUCUCCUCUACUGACUUAAGGACCGCUUCCAUAUUCACAUCUGGGACCAGGGAGGUACGGACAGACUCGUCUGCAAUAGCUCUGCCCCUUUCUCAGAAGAAAAGAAAACGGCCUCUGUUGUUUUAGAAAUAGGACCGAGGGUGGGAGCUUACAGCACUGGGAGACUGACACAUUUUUCGGUAUGGACUGCAAGAACUGUAGCAAAUCUGUACUGACAAUCUUUUUCUAAAAGAGCUUAGUAUAUAAAAUUAUGACCUUACAGAGAAAAUCAAAAUGCAACAAUAUUCUGUAGUUGCCUUUUUUGU